CCCAUGUAACAUGAUUAGUUGUGUGCGUCUCCCCUGACUCCCAAACAAAUCUCGCUGGAGCAGAAUCGUCUGUUACACUAAUUUGGCUACUCAAGAAAGAUCCCACAUUAAAUUUUGGUCUCCUUUGUAUAUCCAUCUCGAUAUUCUCUACACACGUUCUUGCCUCCAAUCACUACAUAUUUCUACUACCAGUAACUUGACAUCAAUCCUUACACAUAAUAUAAUAUUGUUUGUUUAGAUUGAAGAAAGAUGAGCAACAGAAGAAGGAUGGAAGAAGAGAAGAGACGGCGGAGAAAGGGACAAGACAGUGAAGAUUCGUCGAACGAUGAGGAGUACGAGGUGGAGGAUGUGAGAGAAGAUGUGCGAGAAUCAAGAGGACACCACAUGGCUCGAAUCGCUAGCGAGUUCGAAGCGGCUACGGAGGCCUAUAGGCGAAUAUACAGCAGAGAACAUAUUUUCAAGGGGCUCACAGAUCUCUCAAGAGGCUGCUCCAUUCAUCCUGAUAACAGGUGGUAUCAUGCAUGGGAGAAGUUCAUAUUGCUCUGGGCGAUGUACUCAUCUUUCUUUACGCCAUUCGAGUUCGGCUUCUUCAGGGGAUUGCCUAGAAACAGAAACCUCUUCUUGUUGGAUAUCGCUGGACAAACAGCUUUCGUUAUUGACAUUGUGCUACAAUUCUUUGUGGCCUACAGAGAUCGGCAAACAUACAAGAUGAUCUACAAGCGCUAUCCAAUUGCUAUGCGGUACUUGAAAUCGCAUUUUAUCAUUGAUUUUUUGGGUUGUUUGCCAUGGGAUAUCAUAUACGGGGCUACGGGAAAUAAAGAGGCAGUGCGGUGUCUUCUUUGGAUUAGGUUGAGUCGGGCACGUAAAGUUCUGGCGUUUUUCCAAAAGUUGGAGAAGGACAUAAGGAUUAAAUAUCUCUUCUGCAGGAUUGUAAAGCUUAUUGUUGUUGAAAUCUACUGCACUCAUACAGCGGCAUGCAUUUUUUACUAUUUAGCUACCACUCUCCCAGCAGAGAAAGAAGGAUACACAUGGAUUGGAAGUUUGAAAUUGGGUGAUUACAGUUAUUCAAACUUUAGAGAGAUUGAUCUCUGGACGCGUUAUAUAACAUCUUUAUAUUUUGCCAUUGUCACUAUGGUUACAGUCGGUUAUGGCGAUAUACAUGCUGUCAAUCUGAGAGAGAUGGUUUUCAUUAUGAUUUUUGUAUCUUUUGACAUGGUUAUCGGGGCUUAUUUGAUUGGUAAUAUGACAGCCUUAAUUGUGAAAGGAUCAAAGACAGAGAGGUAUAGGGAUAAAAUGACAGAUAUCAUCAAAUAUAUGAACAGAAACAGACUUGGGAGGGACAUCCGUAACCAAAUCAAAGGUCACUUGAGGCUACAAUACGAGAGCACUUACACUGAUGCUGCUGCUCUUCAAGAUCUUCCUAUUUCCAUUCGUGCAAAGAUUUCCCAAACCCUUUACAUGUCAUGCGUUGAAAAUGUUUCUCUAUUCAAGGGAUGCUCUUCAGAAUUCAUCAGUCAAAUUGUGACUAGAGUCCAUGAGGAGUUUUUUCUCCCAGGAGAAUUGAUAAUGGAACAGGGGAAUGUCGUCGAUCAACUUUAUAUUGUCUGUCAUGGUCUUCUGGAGGAGGUUGGUAUAUGCGAAGAUGGAACAGAAGAGACAGUUUCAGUCCUGAGACCUAAUAGCUUAUUUGGAGAAGUCUCUAUUCUUUGUAACAUCCCUCAGCCCUACACGGUUAAAGUUAGUGAGCUGUGCAGGCUUUUAAGGCUUGAUAAACAAUCCUUUUCGAAUAUUCUUGAGAUUUAUUUCCAUGAUGGGCGAAAAAUCCUGAACAACCUGCUAGAGGGGAAAGAAUCAAAUCUUCGUUUGAAGCAACUUGAGUCUGAUAUCACCUUUCACAUCAAUAAACAAGAGGCAGAACUUGCUCUUCGGGUAAACAGUGCUGCAUACUAUGGUGAUCUGUAUCAGCUGAAGGGCUUGGUUCGAGCUGGAGCUGAUCCCAAUAAGACAGAUUAUGAUGGCAGGUCUCCACUGCAUCUUGCGGCAUCAAAAGGAUAUGAAGACAUUAUUCUUUUCCUAACUCAGGAAGGAGUGGACAUCAAUAUUUCAGAUAAUUUUGGAAACACCCCCUUGUUCGAAGCUAUUAAGAGUGGACAUGAUCAAGUAGUUUCCUUACUGAUUAAAGAAGGAGCUAUCCUGAAAAUUGGUGAUUCUGGUCCUUUUUUGUGUACUGCAGUUGCAAGGGGGGAUUAUGAUUUGAUUAAAAGGGUUCUGUCUGCUGGCAUUGAUCCGAACUCUAGUGACUAUGAUCACCGAACUCCACUUCAUGUUGCUGCCUCCCAAGGCUUAUAUUUAUUAGCAAAGUUACUUUUGGAAUCCGGGGCUUCUGUUAUCUCACGGGACAGAUGGGGAAACACACCACUUGAUGAAGGAAGAAUGUCCGGAAACAAGAAUCUGAUCAAGCUUCUUGAAAUAGCAAAAUCUUCUCAGUUGGCAGAAAUCUCAAACCAGUCUCCUGAAAUCACAGAUAAACCGCAACCCAAAAAAUGCAGAGUGUAUCCCUUCCACCCUGAUAAGCCAAAGGAGAAUAAACCAUCGUAUGGAGUAAUGUUGUGGGUUCCUGAAACCAUGGAGGAGCUCAUCAAAAAAGCGGCAGAGCAGCUAAACUGUCCUCAGAACUCUUGUAUAUUAUCAGAAGAUGCAGCUAAAAUAUUGGAUGCGGAUAUGAUAAGUGAUGGUCAGAAGCUGUAUUUAAUCGAUGAAACACAAUAGAUAUACAACCAUUUUGUAAUUGCAUUCGCAAAUGUGUUCGUGUGCAUAUGUAUGCCAGUCCUGAAAUUACUACCGAACCACUUGUAUAAUGUAGCAAUUAUUAUUAUUUUUGUUAUAAAGAAACAUCUCAAUACGUUAGCUAAUUUUAUUAGAAGGAAUGAUCAAGCAGCACCAGUAGUAUGAAUGA